GAUGGCCAUCCAUGCUAAUAUGCUCAGAGACCCUGCACCACAGUUUCCAAAUCUCUAUCCAACAUGCAAACCAUGCUUUAAUCGAAUCCCUUCACUGCGCAAAUUGUUGAGAGAACAGAAUCGUCCACGAUAGACAAAGGAUGUGAAACUUCUACGCAAACCCUUCCCAAAGGCAUCUGUCCUCCUCCAACAUGAUCAACCCCCUGGAUUCGUAUUCAGUAAAUCUAAGCCCUCGGCGAAAGUUACAAUCUCGGAAACACAAACUUUUCCUUCUCCCAUGGCUCAUUUCAACCUGUUGAAUCAAAGCUGCGAAGCGAGCAUUGAGAAAAGGGAUCUGACUUGUUUAAAUCCUCCAGCAAUUAACUGUUUCAGUAAAGCCUCCCUCCUCUUCCCCCCUUUUUAACACCCUUAUCAAAGCGCACACAGCAAGUGCCAAAAUUGUUGGUUGAGCUUCCUGCAACACAGCAAUAUGCAUGCUUCUCUGCUUUCUUUGCUCUGCUUCGUCUUCUUUAUUUCCCACCUCUCGCUCUCCCUCUCCCUCAACCAAGAAGGCCGCUCUCUUCUCCUAGCCAAGAGCUCCCUCUCUGAUCCCUACAACGCCCUGUCCGACUGGAACCCGGCGGAUUCCACUCCCUGCGACUGGACAGGUGUCACCUGCAGCUCCGACGCCGUCACCGCCGUCGACCUCUCCAACUUCGGUCUCUCCGGCACCUUCCCUUCCGCCCUCUGCCGUCUCCCUCAUCUCACCUUUCUCUCUCUCUCCAACAAUGAACUCACCUCCACCUUGUCAUCAUCCGCGCUCCGGGGAUGCUCCGCGCUUAGUCACCUCGACCUGUCCCAAAACCAGCUCCUCGGCCCGCUCCCAGCUUUCCUACCCGCGUUUCUCCCUGUCCUAUUGCUUCUCGAUUUCACGGAGAACAACUUCUCCGGCGAAGUACCGGCGUCUUUUGGCCAGUUCGCAAGCCUCCAAUCGCUGUCCCUCGUGGGAAACCAGCUCAUCGGCUCGCUGCCUUCCUUCUUAGCUAAUUUGUCUUCUCUUCGCGAGCUUAAUCUCUCUUACAACUACUUCGCUCCGUCUCCGAUCCCGCCAACCUUUGCAAACCUCACGCAGCUUCGCGUGCUCUGGCUCGCCGGUUGCAAUCUCGUCGGCCGCAUUCCGCCGGAGCUUGGCCACCUUUCCUCGCUAGUAAAUCUUGACCUCACUUACAAUUCGCUCACCGGAAGCAUACCCCAAUCCCUCGCUGGGUUGUCGUCGGCGGUCCAAAUUGAGCUGUACUCUAAUUCGCUUUCCGGCCCGAUUCCCAGUGGCUUCUCCAACCUAACCCAACUCCGCUUCCUUGACGCCUCCAUGAACAAGCUUUCCGGCUGUAUCCCUGACGACAUUUUCCUCGCUCCAAGCCUCGAAAAUUUGCAGCUUUACGAGAACAAUCUAGUCGGGCAGAUCCCUCGGACGAUUUCUCGGUGCAAGAACCUUAUGGAUCUCCGGCUUUUCUCCAACCGGUUAACGGGUUCUCUACCUGCUGAUUUUGGCAUGAACUGUCCACUCAGCUUCCUUGAUCUCUCCGACAACUUCUUCUCCGGCGAAAUUCCCGAAGCUUUAUGCGGUGGCAGCGUGCUGGCCGAGCUGCUUUUGUUAAAUAAUUCAUUCUCAGGAAGGUUGCCGGAGAGUCUUGGCAGAUGUAGGACGUUAACACGCGUGCGACUGCCUAACAAUCGUCUCUCCGGCGAGGUCCCCUCAGGAUUUUGGGGACUGCCUCACUUGUGGUUGCUCGAGUUAUCCGGUAAUUCCUUCUUCGGCAGUAUCUCUCCAGCAAUAUCCACCGCGGCCAAUCUAUCCAUGCUCCUACUAUCUGACAACCAGUUUAGCGGUUCCAUUCCGGAGGAAAUCGGUUCUCUGUCCAAUAUGUACGAGUUCUCGGCCGCCAAUAACCGCUUCUCGGGGCCUUUACCGGCGAGCAUGCAGAACCUUUUUGAGCUUGGAGAGCUGGACCUCCACAACAAUUCCCUCUCCGGCGAGCUCCUCAGAGGGAUCCAUUUGUGGAAGAAGCUUAGCCAGCUGAACCUCGCGGACAAUGAAUUCUCCGGUAGCAUUCCGUCUGAGAUUGGUGAUCUCCCAGUGCUUAAUUAUCUCGAUCUUUCUGGGAAUCAACUCAGCGGAGUGAUUCCAAUCGAGCUGCAGAACCUUAAACUCAUUCAAUUCAACCUAUCUAACAACCAGCUAUCUGGCGGUCUUCCUCCUCUGCUUGUGGCUCAGGGCUAUCAGAACAGCUUCUUGGGCAAUCCCGGCUUAUGCGGGGACUUAUUCACUGGCCUCUGUCCCCGAAUGAAAGACGACGGCAAUUCUGGGCGCGAAGUGAUCGUGUGGCUUCUUCGAUCGUUAUUUGUGCUCUUGGCGCUCGUGCUUGUGCUCGGCGCAAUUUGGUUUUAUCGGAUGAAUAAGAAUCCUAAGACGGCACAGCCAGCAGUAGACAAGCUAAAAUUGAAGCUCACUUCCUUCCAUAAGCUCGUGCUCAGCGAGAAUGAAAUCUUGAAUUGCCUGGACGAAGAUAACGUCAUCGGCACCGGAGCUUCUGGCAGGGUCUACAGGGUUGUGCUCGCCAGCGGCGACGUGGUGGCAGUGAAGAAACUCUGGGGAACCUCCAAAAAGAAUUACUUUCGUCCGGGCUUCGGGGAUAGCUUCGAAGCAGAGGUGGCGACUUUGGGGAAGAUAAGGCACAAGAACAUCGUGAAGCUGUGGUGCUGCUGCACGCACAACGACUGCAAGCUUUUGGUGUACGAGUACAUGCCAAAUGGGAGCUUAGGAGACAAGCUACACGGCAGCAAAGGAGCCCAGCUCGACUGGCCAAUGAGGCUGAAGAUUGCCGUGGAUGCGGCGGAGGGGCUUUCCUACCUCCACCACGACUGCGAACCACCUAUCGUUCAUAGGGACGUCAAGUCCAACAACAUCUUGUUGGAUGCGGAGUUUGGAGCCAAAGUUGCAGACUUUGGCCUCGCCAAGGCCAUUGAGAAGGGACCACAAUCCAUGUCAGUCGUUGCUGGUUCCUGCGGUUACAUUGCUCCAGAGUAUGCGUACACGCUCCGGGUUACUGAAAAGAGUGACAUUUAUAGCUUCGGCGUGGUUCUCCUUGAGCUGGUGACUGGGAGAUUUCCGGUGGAUCCUGAGUUCGGAGAGAAGGAUUUGGUGAAGUGGGUGUUCUGGACGAUAGAGCAGAAAGGAGUGGAUAGUGUGAUCGAUCCGAGGCUCCAUCUUUGCUUCAAGGAAGAAAUUCGCAAGGCGAUCAACAUAGGCCGCCUCUGCACCGCCUCUCUCCCGAUCAAUCGCCCGUCCAUGAGAGCCGUGGUGAAGAUGCUCAUUGAGGUGGCCCAUGACAGCAUGGUUAACCCGUCAAUUAAGGACCCGAAGCUCGUUUGAUACCCUGCUUGGUUAGUAGCAUUAGGACAUCGUUGUUAGUUUAGUUAAUAGCCAAGGAGCUUCAUGUUAUUUUGUCGCAUACCGUUGGAAUAGAACUGUGCACUGGUCUUGAGGUUUUCCUCAAGUAUUAAUCUCAAUGCAUCUUUUCGACAA